AUCAAGAAUCACAGGAACCCUCAAAAUCCCCAAAUCAUAAACCCUACAAAACCCUCUACUCCCAAUUCCACAUUGCACAAAUAUGGCAAAUAAAACCAUGGAAGUUGUGAAAGGCCUAGACGUGCAGAGGUACAUGGGUCGCUGGUAUGAAAUUGCUUCAUUCCCAUCAAGGUUUCAGCCCAAGAAUGGAGAAAACACAAGGGCAACCUACACUCUCAAAGAAGAUGGCACUGUCGAUGUGCUCAAUGAGACCUGGACUAAUGGGUCUAGAGGCUUCAUACAAGGCACUGCUUACAAAGCUGACCCUUCAAGUGAUGAGGCAAAGCUCAAAGUCAGAUUCUAUGUCCCUCCAUUUCUGCCCAUCAUCCCUAUCACUGGGGACUACUGGGUUUUGUAUAUUGAUGAUGAUUAUCAGUAUGCUCUCGUUGGCCAACCUAGCAGAAACUAUCUUUGGAUAUUGAGCAGGAAGCCUCAUCUGGAUGAGGAGAUUUACAACCAGCUAGUACAGAAGGCUAAGGAUGAGGAGUAUGAUGUGAGCAAGCUCCAAAAGACACCACAGAGUGAGAGUCCACCAGAAGAUGCACCUGUUGACACCAAGGGUAUCUGGUGGAUCAAGUCCCUGUUGGGAAAGUAGAGAGUUUCUGAUAUAGGAUUAGCAUAUUGGGGAUUUGAGUAUAUGUACUUUGGUAUGAAUCAAUAAUCGGAUCCCCUUUUGCAAUAUUUAGGCCAGGAGUAUCAUUUGGUUUGUUAAUUUAUGUUUUUUAGUGUGUUCUGCGGAACAAAUAGCUUAGAAAUUUCUAUUUGGAAUAGUUCUAUGUAAUUUGUGUCUGUGGAGUUUGUGUUUGUUCUUAUGUCGAUGCUAUAUCUAGUUGUUUUCUAUCUCCUCUGUUAAUAGAAUGAACUCUUUGUUGUUGAAAGCAGAAUGAUACUCAAAUUGUAUUACUUGUUAGUUCUGAAGUUACAGAUACUGAUUGAGACUCUUUG